AUGACGAGACACCGAUCAGCCAGAGGAGCCAUCAAUAUAGUUGGAAAUAUUGCUAACAAAUUAUUUGGUGUUUUAGAUUCAGAAUAUGCUGAAACGAUUUCUAAAACUCUAACUCAAAUCAACAAUAAUGAAGAUGUACUAUCAAAAAUGAUCAAGAAUCAGACUACAGUCAUGGACUCAACUCUAAAUAUAUUCAGCAAAACUACAGAAGCCAUUGCAGUCAAACUGAAUCAACUACAAGAUGAGACAAACAAAAUAGUAGAUCACACUAAUCAUAAUACUAAACGUAUUAACCACCUAGAGAUCUAUACAUCACUGGUAACCCAACUUACAUGGAUGGCACAUACAUUAAUGAAAAUUGAAGCUGCGAUAUUUGAUGUCUUAACUGAUACUCAGCAUGGCAGAAUUAAUUCUCUUUUGAUGUCUCCACAACAACUUCAAAACCAAAUCAUGAAGAUCAAGGGCCAUUUACCUCAUUCACUUCGUCUUCCAUUUAAUCAAGAGGAUGUUAUUCAUUUAUACACGUUGAUGUCUUCACAAAGUGGAAUCACACAAGAUCAUUUGAUAGUUGUCUUACAACUGCCAUUAACCGAUCAUGAGGAUUUCGAUUUAUUCAAUCUCGUCCCAAUUCCUGCAACAGUCAACAAUACAAUGAUGACAAGAGUUCCAGAAGCUUCAUUUUUAGCUGCCACGCCGCAUAGAGACCAAUAUUUUGCCUUAACUCGUGAACAGUAUAAGGAGUGUAUGAUUUUCAAGCAACCAGAAAACAAACUACUUUGUUCAGAUAAACAAUCAAAAUAUAACACCGGCUCACAGGUUUACGCUUGCGAAUUUAACCUAUUAAAAAACAUAUCUGACAAUACGUGUAAUGUGCAGGAAACAAAAUCGAACAUUAUUUGGAGUCCCCUGUAUCAUGCGAACCAAUGA